GCAACGUAGUGCUGCGUGAUGGAGAAUAAAGGAAUUAACCAGAAGGAAUACUUAAAAAAAUACACAUCCUUUGACAAUGGUGACGAAAAAAAGAAGAAAAAGAAGAAAAAGAAAUAUAAGACAGGAAUGAAAACAGUAAAAAUUAUAGAUGAUGAUAUAGACUUGAAGAAUAUGAGACCUAUUGCAGAAGGUGAAUUCGAUAUCCUUUUAGAAGGAGAAGAUGCUCCUCAAAUCGCUGGUAUAGUUGACGAACGUGGACCAGUUGAUUUCACAGAUAAGCGAAGAUGGAAAAUUAUAACUGAGAAUGACGAAGGCGAUUUAACUAUUAUUAAUCGUACUGUCGACAAAGACGAAGGAAAUCUUGAUGAGACAAAUGUUAAGCAGGCCAAUGACAACUUCAAUUUGAGUCCACCUAGAGCUAAGCAUUCUAAAAAUAAACAUGUGGAUUUAAGUCCUCAUAGACAAUCUAAAAGUGAUAGUUCAGACUUGAGUCCGCCUAGAUCUAAGCAUUCUAAAAAUAAACGUGUGGAUUUGAAUCCAAAUAGACAAUCAAAGGAUGAUAGCUCUGAUCUGAGUCCACCCAGAUUUAAGCAUUCUAAACAUAAACAUAUUAACUCAAACAAACGGUCUAAAAAUGAUCAUUCAGACUUGAGUCUACCUAGGCAAUCUAAAAAUUAUGAUUCAGAUCUGAGUCCCUCUCGGCAAUCCAGAAAUAAUGAUUCUGAUUUAAGUCCACCUAGAAAAUCUAAAAAUUAUGACUCAGAUUUAAGCCCACCUAGAAAUACAAAACAUCGGACUUCGGCUCACAGUACAUCUGGACGAAGCUACCGAAGUUCAGGUAACAAAGACAGUGAUUCGGAUUUUAGUCCACCCAGAAAAAAUCGCAAACAGAAUCUAGAUACAGAUUUGUAUGAAAGCAGAAAGAAAAGGAAGGACAGAGAUUCGGAUAUAAGUACAUCUUGGCGUAAUGAGCAUCGAUCUCGGAGGGAUAAUUCGCCACAUUCCAUUUCGCGUAGAGAUAAUAAAGGACAUGAUUAUUACGAUAAAAAGAAUUCAUCCAGAUCCGGUAGACAAGAUAUUUCGAGAUCGAGCAGAGAUAAACAAGAAAAGAAACAUGAAAAUAGAGAUCAUAAAUCUCGAUCGUAUUCGGAUACACGAGAAAGAAGAAAAAAGACGCGUUGGGAUGAGGAAACAAAUGAUUCUGAACGUGGACACGCGAGAAAUCAUUCCAGAGAUCAACACGGUCGAGCGACAAAGACAUUAGAUGGAAAAACAGCAGGAUUCCAAGCUGCGAAAGCAUUGCGAGAAGAAACUGAAGUCCAUAAACAACAAGAGGCGGAACAUUUUAGCAAGUUAAGUAAAGAGAUCACUGGAGAAGGACAAGCUACGAUUGUACGUGACAAAACGGGAAGAAAGCGCAAUUUAGAAGCAGAAGCAACAGAAAAACGAGAACAGGAAAUGAAACAACGAGAGAUAGAUGAGAAGUACGCCAAAUGGGGCAAAGGCUUGAAACAAGUGGAGAAUCGUGAGGAAAAAUUAAAAAAUGACUUGUACGAGAUGCAUAAACCUUUGGCGAGAUACGCAGAUGAUGCAGAUCUAGAUAAGCAAUUGAGAGAACAAGAGAGGGAAGGUGAUCCUAUGUUAAAGUAUAUAAAACAAAAACAAGUAAAAGAGGGAAAAAGAAAACCAGAUCCGCCGCAAUAUCAAGGUUCGUUCGCGCCAAAUCGAUUCGGUAUUAAGCCCGGUCAUCGAUGGGACGGGGUCGAUAGAAGUAACGGAUAUGAGAAGAAGUGGUACGAAGCACAAAAUGCAAAAGUAGCUUUACAAGAAGAUGCCUAUAAGUGGAGUACAGCCGACAUGUGAUCAUGUUCACACAUAUGUAUUACUAUAGCAAAGGUUUCCAAUUCUAUUUCUAUCGAUCGUUAAUAA